CUGUGUAGACUUUACGCACUGGAUUCCUUCCUCUCAUCUCUGAAAUGUCGUGUGGAACAGCCUGGAGGCGGCGUAAAACCUUCCCAUCCGCAAGCCUCUGUCCAUUCUGCAGUACAGGACAGGCUGCCUCUCACACACACGUGUGUUUAAUUUAGGGACAGUCCACAGGAAAGACUGGAGCUCAUUAAUCAUUUGCGCAGUUUGCUCGUCCUCCUCGUAACAUGUACAUGUUGUCAGUGUAAAAAAAACUGCAUGUGUUUUGGAUUAAAAGGGUGUUCUACACUGAAAUGUCUCACCAUUGGAAAUGCAGCUCCACGCCUGUCUGUUGCUUUUUAUCGUCACAACAGUCCAGGAAGAUGAGAGGAAUUCCUCGGAGGACCACUCAACCCAACAUCCAGACCUAGACCCCACUCAAUGGUUUCCAACAGGAACCAGCUUUACAAAUAGUCCUCCUGUUGAUCAAGAAGUGACGAGAGGCAUGAAGGAGGGCAGAGAUCACACCUACGAUGGUCUGGAGAGGAGUUUUGCACCUCUGUCUGUGUCUAGUGCCUCCUCUCUGGAUCAAGGACUGCUGAACCCCACCUCACCCCAGCAGGGACUCCCUGUCGCUGGGAGAAGUGAUAGGGAAACUCUCCCUCUUCCUGAGGAAAAACCAAACAAUGGAGCGGAAACAUCUGGAGCUGCUCACCUCACCGAUGGGCCCAUGGCUGCCAGAAAUACAACACACCCAUAUUUUCAGCAUGGACUCAGUGCAGGCCCCAAUACAAGCACACCCUCAAACCCGACUGAAAAAAGCCUUCAAACUCUGAUGGCAUUGACAGAGGAAACAGCCAGUAGUUCAGCUCUCAUGCUUGACAAAGCUAUACAAGAUACAUCCGUUCAGACAUCUAAAAACACAGGCAAAGAUGUUGCCACACAAAUGGAUCAAAGAGUGUCCAGCGCCAGCGUUCCUCUCCGUACUUCUGCUCCAGCUGAGCUAUCUUCCUCCAGGACAGGUCAUACAGGCAUAACCGCACAUGGUGUGGGUGUUAGUGGGACAUCUGGAGAUGAACAGCCUCAUUCCUGGAGGAGCCAGAGAAGCACAGACAGACAUAAUUCUGACCUGACCUUUGCUGUCACUUCUGACCCUUUAAAAUCCUCCAUCAAAACACUGCAGGAUGACUUCAGUGCACAAACCCACACUGAACCCACUGCAUCAUCAUCAUCUUCAGAAGUUUACAGCGGCACUCAUUCAUUCAACACCCACUUCACAGAGCUCAACAACGUUGUUAGCACUGUGGAGGCUGAUCCAGUUCAUCCAAACAUAAGUCAAAUUAACUCAUUUGUAUCUGUUGCUGCUGCUCAGACUGUCACAUCUGAGUUGCCUGAUAAGUUUGAACAAACUGAGAUGACGCUCCCAUCUUCCUCAAGGAGUCUAACAGACUCUCCUCAAAGCACAGAGAGCCCCACACAUUCUGCUUACACGUCAUCUUUAUUUACACAGACAGACAAAGAGACACAAAUGGCAGUAGAAAGUGCACGCGGAAAUAUCAUUGAUGCGCACCCGACUAGAAACACUAUCCCUUCCCCACCUGGUAUUACCAAGGCUUACAGUUGGACUUCAGGGUUCACCGAUUCUUCUUCUACACCCGGGGCAGCGCUGACCGUGGGAGGUGUAACCCAAAACUCAGCCAUCACAGGAACCACUGGAGUGACAUACACUCUGCAUCCUGCUCACACACUCCUACGUGAUGACUCGCCCACAGAUUCUACUGCUGUUGCUGUUUCAUCUUCCACCACAUCCACAGAGUCCUCUACAGCUUUGUACACACUCCACACACACAGUACAUUUCCUGAUAGUUCACACCCUGCUUUAACCUCGUCUGUGUCUCAGACCACGGACCACACAGUCAGCAAAGCCACGCCUUCACCUCCACAAAUGUCACCUCCUACACACAAUCACCCGCCUCCUCAGACUUCUACUAAUAUGUCACCAACACGUAACCAAUCCCAACCCCUAAUUAUUACUACUACUGCACAUACUCCUCUCCUUUCUACUGUAACAUUAGAUUAUGGACAUGGAGCUGGAGAAGAACAAGUAGAAAAGUAUAAGUUCUGGCAGUGGUCUUCCAGCAGCACGACCACACGCACUCCCACAUCUGGACUACCACAGCAACCUCCACAGCAGACAACCAUGCAUCCCAGCCAGGAGCCCUCUUCUGCUUUAACCUCCACACCUGCUCGAAGCUCCACAAACAGUCCCAAGUUCUACAUCGUGCCAGAUCAGCCUGCUGCCAUCAGAGUGGAGUCAGUUGAGCUGCUGCUGCAGAUAGUUGUAGAAGAGCCCAUGUUGGCUUCAAAUGUCAAUUUGGAGAACGACACUACUACCUGGAUGAAGCCAUACCUACAGAAAGCCCCGGGGUUCAGCCGGCUGCUGGGAGUCUGGAGCAGUGGCCGUGCAGUGCAGAGCCUGCUGGAGUUCAAAACCAGCAGAGCUCUGGAGUGGCUCAGCAUAACAGAACCCACAUCACUGCUGGAGCGUACUGGACUAGCCCAGGCUGUUCGCAACAAGAGGACAUUCAGGACUUCCAGGAUCACCAACAUCACAGUCGGAGGUCUGCAGGGCGACAUCUGUGACUGGUUGCUGCAGUGCUCUGCAGGAUAUAAGUGUGUUUCCCAGCCUGGCACUGCCAACUACAGCUGUUCCUCAGUCUGCCACUUUGACUACUGCCACCAUCACGGCAUCUGCACACACCAUCCACACCAGCUUCCAGUUUGCCGCUGCCUUGCAGGUGACAAUUUCUGGUUCAUGGGUGAGAGGUGCGAUGUCAGGAUGACCCGCGCACGUCUCAUUGGUGCGUGCCUUGCCAUCUUACUCAUCAUAGUGACAGUGAUCAUCAUUUUGGCGUUUGUGGCAGUGCGACGCUAUCGAGCAAUUCUGAUUCAGGCCAAAGUAGACCAGACUCGCAGCAGCUAUCGCAGAUUCAACCACUUUGAUGAGCUGUCAGGUCGCUUCUGGUUGCGCUCGUGGGCGGGAUCAGCAGACUCAUUGGACAAUCCUGCCUUCACACGCUCCGAUGAGUUGCUGCAUCUGCGAGCGCUUGACCGCCCCUGCUGUUACCACGACGACACGCUGUCACUGGCUUCCACCUGCCCCAGCCACGGAACACGAAUCAACACAAUCUACCCCCACAGUUCCCAGUAUGGAUGGAGGGGGAGUGAGAUGAGCAUGGGGGAUGGUGUGCUGGACUCGGGUAAGGCCAGUGACCUUUCAGUGUGUAGCUGGCCAGUGGAACCCAUUCACUGGACUCCAUUUCCACUUCUGCAGCAACUGGCUUCUCACAGGACACCCACAGUCAGGGUGUCACGACCACGGUCCUACUGUGAAGGCAUGGAGCUUGUAGACAUGGGGAAGAGCUGGACUGCUUGACUUGCAUAUGGAGGAUUCAAUCUGUUCUGACACUGGUUUUUACAGUUUAUUAAUGCAUUGUAAAGUUAAAAUAUGUGUUUUGUUAAUAAUAAUAAAAAAGUAAGGCAGUAAAUGUAUAAAUGUGUACACCUUUCUUUGAAAGAUUAAAUCUGUUUCUGAUGCUGA